ACCUUUGGAAUGAUCAGUGUUCAAGAAUCUCAGACAAGAUUAGUGUGAAUCGACCAGUAUCCGAAUUCGUUCGACCGGUUUUGGCGUUGUGUCUCUAACGCUACCUCAGUUACAGGAUUUUUUGCUCCCUUGAACCUACUUUAUUACUUUAAAUUUUAAGAGCCAUGAAGCGUGUUGCGGUGAUCGGCAGUGGUGCAGCCGGACUUACGGCCACGAAACAUCUAACGGCGCCUGGCAGUGGUUUCACAUGCGUCACCUACGAACAGACUGACAACAUCGGAGGUACCUGGGUUUACACGGACACCGUUGGCAGAGAUAAAUACGGGCUCCCUGUCCACUCCAGCAUGUACCAAAGUCUCAAAACAAACUUACCCAAAGAAAUCAUGGAACUACCCGGUUUUCCUCACGGCGGACCAGCAGAGCAAUCGUAUAUCCCGGCGAAUCUUGUUUUAAAUUAUCUGAAUGAUUAUGCAGAACACUUCGGACUGAAGAAAUACGUUAAGUUUCACCACCAUGUCAAAAGUGUGGAUGUACUUGACGAUGAAAAAUGGGUUGUCAAGGUUGUGGAUCUCGCGACCAAAGUCGAGCGCACAGAAUACUUCGACGGAGUCAUAGUCUGUGUUGGAAAUUACAGUAACCCUCUGAUACCAAAUCACCUGGGAGUAGAUCAAUUCGAAGGGAAAAUACUUCACAGUCACGACUACAGAAAAGCUGAUAUCUUCAAGGAUAAGAGAGCUGUUACUGUAGGCUGCGGUCCCUCUGGUCUUGACAUCACAUUCGACAUUUCUAAGGUUGCAAAACAGGUUUACAUCAGCCACCACUCCGAAAAAGUUAAACACAUCAGAUUUCCUGACAAUGUGACUCAAAAACCAGACAUUAAGUGUGUCAAGAAAAACAGUGUUGAAUUCUCCGAUGGUACAGAGGUGGAAGUUGAUAUGAUUCUGUACUGUACAGGAUACACAUACAAAUACUCUUUCCUCAGCGAGAAUGUUGGAAUCAAAGUUGAAAACCGGUACGUGCAACCUUUAUACAAACACAUGAUCAAUAUUGAGCACCCUUCCAUGUGUAUAAUAGGGAUACCUCGGGAUACGACUGGAUUUUACAUGUUUGACUUACAGGUGCGAUUCUUCUUAAAAACGAUGAAAAAUCCAUCUCUCCUACCAAGUAAAGAAGAUAUGCUGGCCGACACUAAAGCAGACGAAAAAAUGAGAACAGAGAGGGGACAAAAACAAAAGGACUUCCACAUCAUGGGUAGACUGUCAAACGAUUACUUUGACUCCAUUGUAAAAGUCGGUCAGCUGGACCCGGUCCCACCUGUGUUACUUGAUGUUUACUUUGCAGGAUUUGAGAGGUUAAUGGAGGAUUUCUCCCAUUUCCGAGAGGAUAAAUACAAAAUAGUCGAUAAGGAGCACUUCAUACGAGAGGUCAAAACAUAUUCAUCACCAUUCUGUGGUUACGAGCAAGAAACAGAGGUGGCGUGAUGAUUUCUCUGCAUUAACAAUAUUUUUGUGAUUUAAACAGUUCCGCCCAAGUUGCCAGGAUAAAAACUUAUCGAAGCUAGAUUGAAAAGAGAGUGAAGUCCGUUAGAAAAGUAUUCAGUUCUAAUUUGCUUUUCCUUGUCAGCAUCAAAAAAAUGAAGUAAGAAUACUUUUCGAAUUGAAGACUUUGAUAUGCUUCAAGCAAAAGGAACGACCGGCACCACCUUUAUCUUCUGGCUUGACGACGAUUUAAUUUUAUGAGAGCCGAGAUUUUUAUUCGGGCUUGUUUAACCUUGCUCAGUGUUGUGUAAUUUCGCGGAUGUCUGCAAAUGUAAGAAUUUCAUAAAUACCAAAUGUGUUCAAUAUUAUCCUGAUAAUAAUUAUAGAGUAAAUACUUCCUUUUGUAAAUAAUGUAAAUUUUUGUAAAUAAAUAUAGAAUUUUUUUUU